GUACCAUGACCCCGCGUGCGCUCAUUCAAAAAUUAUUUGCUCUUCAACAUCAUUCCGCAAGUUCAAAACCCGUGGUUGUUCAUCGACGUCCACCUCCAUCUCUAUUUCUUCUGCUGCUGCCGACCGAGUCAGGCAGUCGAUUUGAAGUAAAAUUACUUUUCGAUUUUAAGCGGGCGGCAUUGUAAUUAGGGAGGGUGGGGCGCGCUGCUCCGAGAGCGAGAGACAGACAGAGACACGAAGCACCACCCGAUCGGAGAAUCUCCCUCCCCCUUCCCUCCAUCUCAUUUUUUUUCUUCUUCUCUCUCUCUCUCACGCUUUGUGUGGGGGAGAGAAGGAAGAGAAGGUGGGAGGUGGAGACUCCCCACGACAAAAACAGAGAUCUCUCGGCUUCUUCUGCGCUCCCUAGGUCUUGUUCCUUCCCUCCUUUUUUCCAAAUCGCUUGCUGGUGUCUCUUCCUCGUGCUCCUCUUCCAAUGGCGCUCGGUCGACACCUCCGUUCCUGCUGAAGACAUUGUGCGUGUCGACCCGUUGCGGUAAUGCACAUGGACUUUAGGGUCUUCUAGCGUUCACACGUCGAUAGACGACCAUGAAUCGAAGUUUUAGGGCUCCAGACUCCAAAAUGCCGCCGUCAUUGCAUCAGAGACCUGGAAUGAAGCUCGGCAGCGUCAUGAAGGAGAAGGAAGAAGAGCUGGCCUUGUUCCUCGAGAUGCGUAAACGCGAAAAGGAGAGACAGAACCUGCUUAUUCACAACGCCGAGGAGUUGGAUCCUUCCUUAGGUUCCAGGCCUGGCAGUUCUCCUGUUUUCAAGAUCGCAACAGCAACAGCUCCACGCAAAAUUGGGUCCGAUGAUUUUCUAAACUCAGAUGGAGACAAGAAUGACUAUGAUUGGCUUCUCACGCCACCCGGAACACCUCUUUUUCCUUCAUUGGAGAAGGAAUCUCAUGGAUCUGUGACUGGUCAGCUUGGAACACCUAAAGUUCGGUCUACUGCUCUCAAAUCUAGAUUGUCUGUUCCUCAACCUGAAUCAGCUCCACGAAGCAAUACAAUGUCAAGGCAACCAAUCUCGUCCUCUGCCUUGAGCACAUCAAGUUCUGGUCUGCGCAGGCCCUCUUCCUCAGCAAGCACUAGCUCAACAGCAUCUAGGCCAUCAACGCCAACUGGUCGGUCUGCACUGCAAGCAGCCUCUAAGGCCACCAGACCUUCUACUCCUACGUCCAGGUCAACCUUACCCUCAACAAAACCAAUUUCUUCUUCUGCAAGACCUUCCACACCUGCUGCUAGAUCAUCAACCCCAACUGCCAGGCCUAUACUGCCCUCUAAGACAUCGUCAAGGCCAUCAACACCAACAAGACGACCAUCAACUCCAUCUGCUUUAUCCAGUAACUCAGGUCCACCUGGUCGAUCAUCGUCAGUCACCCGUAAUCAAGGUACAGCUGGUCGAUCCUCUCUAGUGACCAGUAACUCUGGUCCUGCUGGUCUAUCAUCUCCAAUGACCAGUAGUUCUGGUCCACCUGGUCGAUCAUCUUCAGUAUCCAAGUCCAGAUCUACAACAUCAAAAAUUCCUGGACCACCACGUGGUGCUUCUCCUACAGUAAGGUCCAGACCGUGGCAACCUUCGGAGAUGCCUGGUUUCUCACUAGAUGCUCCCCCAAAUUUAAGGACAAAAGUUUCAGAAAGGCCAGUUUCAGCAUCUAGAGGUAGACCUGGAGCACCAAAUUCUCUUAGAUCUGGUUUGGCUGAGGCUAAUUCAAUUGGUAUACCAAGACGGCAGUCAUGUUCUCCUUCAAGGGGGAGGGCACCAAACACUAGUAGUCAGCAUGGUGGUACUUUAACUUCUACGUCCAGUCGAUUACAUCCUAAUGCUGGUGAUAGUGUGAGCCCAGUAGUAAUUGGAAACAAGAUGGUUGAGAGAGUUGUAAAUGUCCGAAGAUUGGCUCCCCCUAGACAAGAUGAUCUGCGUUCUUCUCAAAAUAAUCCUUUGGGAAAGUCUUCUCCAGAUAGCACAGGCUUUGGCAGGUCACUUUCAAAAAAAUCAUUGGAUAUGGCCUUGAGGCACAUGGAUAUACGCCGGAGCAUUCCUGGGGGCUUACGGCCUCUGGUUACAAAUGUUCCUGCUUCAUCCCUGUACAGCGUCAGAUCUGGGCCUGCACGUAGCAGGCCAGUGAGUAUUUCAGACUCACCCCUUGCUACCAGCAGCAAUGCCAGUUCAGAGCAAAGUGUAAACAACAAUAUUUGUUUGGAUACAAGUGAAAUGGAUGAUGAUGAUCUAGGCAGUGAAAGGGGGGUUCGUUCAACCCCAACAAGUCAGCCUGGAAGUAUACAUGGGGUUACUAAUUGGCUUCAUAGCCCAGAAAUCAAGGAAAACCACGACUGAUACAAUCUUUAGUCCCUGCCGGCGUGUUUGGUGGUAUCACUGAAAGGAACCUAGCUUACAUUUAGAGAUGAUGGAUGCCUGCAUAGUGAGCAUUGUGGAAACUCUUUGUCUGUGUAAGACCGGUUGGUUGGUGGGUUUACUUCCAAGGCAUCUAUUUUAUGCUGUGCUACUCAAGAUCUUUCAUCAUCUGACAUCGUUUCUGCAAAGUGGAUAAAAACAAAGAUUUACAAGUACUAUGAUGUUGUAACUUCAAAAAUUUGAAGUUUAUCAUAUUCCUGGCCUUUUGAGUGCACCAUUUCGUUCUUAAAUCCUGAAGGGUGCAUUAUGAGUAGUGAUUGGAUUGACAAUUAUUCUGACGAUCUAGAAAUAUGUUUCUCCCGUUCGUUGUUUUGGUUGAUGGAGGUGUUGGGAAUUGUAUAUUGGUUGUACCACAAGCAAGCUAGCCAUGCAAUUGAGAUAUUGCCAGUUGAACUUCAUCCUGUUGGCCAAAUGGAAUUAUGAGACCUUUAAUGUAA